AGCGGUUCCCAGCCGGUACCCGUAGGACCAAGGCGUGCAGCUCGCGGUGGCAGUGGCGCGGGCGGGCGGCGGCGCUGCGUGGCUCUGGAGGACCGGCGCGGACCUGCAGCGGCUCGCUGAGGCCGCGGCUCGUCGCUGCAGCUGUCAGGACUCUUGGGGGCGAACUUGCCAGACAGAGAGGAGCGGAAGGGAAGGGAUGCACGGGCAUGGAGGCUAUGACUCUGAUUUUAGUGACGAUGAGCAAGGCGGAGCCUCCAGCAAAAAGAGGAAGAAGACAGUCGAAGAUGAGUUGCUGCUUACAAAACCGUUUCAAAAAGAAAGGCAUGGAAAGGUGGCCCAUAAACAGGUUGCCGCAGACUUGCUCGACAGGGAAGAAGCAAGAAAUAGAAGGUUUCAUCUCAUAGCUAUGGAUGCUUAUCAAAGGCACACAAAGUUUGUAAAUGACUAUAUUUUGUACUAUGGUGGCAAAAGAGAGGAUUUCAAGCGGUUAGGGGAGAAUGAUAAGACAGAUCUGGAUGUUAUACGAGAAAAUCAUAGAUUCCUAUGGAAUGAGGAGGAUGAAGCAGAUAUGACUUGGGAGAAGAGACUUGCAAAGAAAUACUAUGAUAAAUUAUUCAAGGAAUACUGCAUAGCUGAUCUCAGUAGAUACAAAGAAAAUAAGUUUGGAUUUAGGUGGCGAAUAGAAAAAGAAGUAAUUUCAGGAAAAGGCCAGUUUUUUUGUGGAAAUAAAUAUUGUAAUGAAAAAGAAGGCCUGAGGAGCUGGGAAGUCAACUUCGGUUACACUGAGCACGGUGAAAAGAGAAACGCACUUGUUAAAUUAAGAUUAUGCCAAGAAUGUUCCUUUAAAUUAAACUUUCAUCACAGGAGAAAAGAAAUCAAGUCAACAAAAAGAAAGUCUAAAACCAAGACUGAGAAUGACGAGUCACCUUGUAAGACAUCCAGAUCAUCAUCUUCAGAGGAAGCUUCCAAGGGGGAGGAUGAAGGACAUUCAUCCUCAAAGAAGUCAGAAAAUUCUAGAAACAGGAACUCCGAUGAGGAAGACAGUGCUUCAGACUCUGAGCUCUGGAAGGGUCCGCUGCCAGAGACAGAUGAGAAGUCACAGGAAGAAGAAUUUGAUGAUUAUUUUCAGGAUUUGUUUCUGUGAGCUGGGAGAGAGAACCUUAUUCCUUGGUGAGGAAAUGUACAGACACUCGCUGAGUGUGUCCAUGCUGUUGAGUCUGGACAGCCACUGGGAUAGAUCCUUCAGCAGCACGGGGCAUUUCAGACAUUUCCUCCUGCACUUGCGUGGCUUCUCGGCUGCUUAUCUAGAACCUGGUUUUGGCUCUAGCUCUCCAGUUUAUGAUAAACUUGUUUCAAGUGUCAUUUGAAAUGAAGUGACUGGCAUUGAGCUGUAAAUAAAUUAUUUAGUGUCUUAUUCUAA